GUGGGUUCAGCGAUGCACGUGGUGGUAGGCUAGGGCGGGAGAAGUGUGGAUGAGUGUGUACUGUCUAUAGAUAUAGAUAUAUAUACACACACACGACUGUGGCAGAGGCACUGUGGAAGACUCACACAUCAGAGGAAGCCUUGCUCCGGACAACACACCCUCAGGUCUUGCGACUGCCGCCAUGGGGGCUCUGCUGUGGGAUCUCUUGCUGCUGUGCUUGUUCGCCCACGUGCUUGGGGACUGCCAGAAGGACUGCCUGAGCUGUAACCGACACCUGUACGCCCAGCAGGACAACUUCAAUGUCCUCGUCUGCAUCUUGGACUGUGAAGGGAAGGCCUUUUCAAGUACCGCCUGGGAUCUCUGCACCAAAGCAGCUGGGAAGUCGUCCAUACAGGUGAGCGCGGACAGCCUGGAAGAAGAUUCCUACCAGCCCUUGGAAAUGGAAGAUGGUGGCCUAUUCCGAGGCAGCCGGAGACACCUCAAUGACCUCACCAAAGUGGUGGAUCUUAGCAAAGUGGAAGGGGAGAAGAGAGUUUCCAAGGUGAGCAGCCUGAUCCACCAGCGGGAGGUGGAAGAAGGAAUCAGCAACGGGAGUGAGACCCCGCUGGGAGACUUCCAAGAGCAGCCCAAGGAUAUUUCCAAGCGGCUCGGUGGCUUCCUCAAAGCGAAGUACAGUUACAGGCAGGUGCUGGAACCUGCGGGGCAGGGGGUGCAGAAGCGCUACGGGGGCUUCAUUGGAGUCAGGAAGUCAGCCCGGAAGUGGAAUAACCAAAAGAGGUUUAGCGAGUUCUUGAAGCAGUACUUGGGCAUGUCGCCGCGCUCCAGCGAGUACGACAGCUUAACCAACGACCUGAACGAACAGAACGAGAUCUAACCGGAAACUGUUUUCAUGUCACUGACACGUAGCGAAUCGGUGUAGAACUGCUAUGGCCAAAGAAGUCAAUCCCUUCCCCGAUCCCAAAGAGCCGGUGUUAGGAGUGGUUCCCCAGACACCACUGGAUUCAUUGCUGCUCAGAGUCAAGGCGGAAAAGCCGGGCGGUGGCUGUUUCUGAAUCAUCUGCUCUGUUUAUGAACUCUUCUCCAUUUGCAUGGCACUUUUGAAGACAAAUGGCCCUGGGCUUACGGUCUGGGCUUACUAGAAUGUGAGGGGAGAGAGGGAGUCAGUCUGGUUUCUUUUUCUGCCUUCGGACCAGCUUCCCAAGUGUUUUGGUCCCGUCGGGUGUGUCUACGCUGCAAGGAGACCCCCGCGGCUGACCCAUGCCAGCUGACUCCGGGCUCAUGGGGCUCCGUCUAGGGAGCUGUUUAACAGCUGCUUAAUUAUUUAAUUGCAGCUCAAGCUCUGAGUCCCUCCCACCUCCCAGGGUCCGAAAGCCUGAGCUCGGAGGAAUACGCUGCAAUUAAACAGCUGAUUAGCCUGAGCCCUGCAAGCCUGAACCAGCUGGGAUAGGCCAGCAGCAGGUUUCUGAUUGCAGCGUUGACGUACUCUCAGUCACAGGGCUUCAUGGGCCCCUCAAAGCUCCGCUCACCAGAGAAUUCAUGAGCUAGACCAUGAGGCCUGUGACUUCCAGGCACCCAUCUCUACCUAGGCAGUCUUACUGCAUAGCAACCAAGGGAUCAUCCCUCACUGCUUGGAACCAGCCUGCCCCUGGAGGAGACAAUCUGUAGCCUGAGGAAGCUUGAUAGAUCAGUUGUGUCAUGCUCUGCUUCUUCAACUUAGGCGUUUAAAAUGUAGCCCUUCCCCACCCACCCACCCCUUGCUUCUCUCCCGGCCCCAA